AUGUGCCGGUUUCUGGUCUACAAAGGCAGCGAUGAGAUUCUUCUAUCAUCGUUGAUUCUCGAUCCUACUCAUUCUAUUCUUAAGCAAUCUUUUGAUUCUCGUUUGCGUCUCGAUACGAGACGAGGCCAGAACAAUGCAGAUGGCUUCGGUAUAGGCUUCUACACUGAUCCUAAGCUUGGCGCAGCGCCUUGUCUUUUUACAUCGACCAUUCCUGCCUGGAACUGCACCAACCUGCAGCGCAUCGCCUCCAAGACCGCAUCCCGCCUAAUCUUUGGCCAUGUCCGUGCCACGACCGAGGGUUCCCUGAGCGAGGACAACUGCCACCCUUUCACACACGGCAGUUUGAUGUGGAUGCACAACGGAGGACUCGGUGGAUGGAAGCACAUCAAGCGUCGCCUCGGCGAGCGUCUGGCUGACAAGUGGUACCUGGGCGUCAAGGGCGGCACCGACAGCGAAUGGGCAUUUGCCCUCUUUCUCGAUACCCUGGAGCGACUCGGUCAGGAUCCCAGUGCUUGCCCCGAAACCGGCUUUAACCCUACCAUCCUGCGAGAGGCCGUGAAGCGCACAAUUGCGCAGAUCAACGAGAUGACCGAUGCGAUCCCCGAAAGUGUCUUGCAGAAUGAGGAUGUCGAUACUAGGAGUUUGCUCAACUUUGCCGUCACUGAUGGCCAUAGCGUGAUUUGCACUCGAUACAUCAGCAGUUCCAAGGAUGAGGCCGCCAGUUUGUAUUAUUCUUCUGGGACCCAAUGGACAACUCGCACCAAGGCUGCGAACGAUAAGCAAUAUCAGAUGGAGCGCAAGGACCGGGGUGCUGAUAUUGUGCUUGUUGCGAGUGAGCCAUUGACAUUCGAAAGAGAAAACUGGGUCAACGUACCUACAAAUUCCAUCUUGACUAUCCACAGACAGACCGUCAUGGUUCAUCCUAUUAUCGAUAAGUACUACGAGCGAGAUCCUCACCAUAUCCGCUCCAGUGCAUUCGUGCAAGCCAAGGGUCUCACUUCAAAUGAGAAGAACCGAAGCGACACCGGCAGUCCCGCGGUAAACGAUCGUCAGCAGCAUGAACUGGACGGUUACCGCAAGAUGAUGACAGGCACAAUUGGAUUUGGCCCAUCGAGAAGCCUCAGUCCUGACGUCUGCCGCCAGACAAGAACACCAGCUCCUGUGUGCGAAUCGAUUCCCGUUCCACAGCCGCAGGCGCAGGCGCAACCACAGGUGCAACCACAGACAGCACAGGCAUCGCCACCAAAUGAGCAAAGCAACAGACCGGCCCCAGCACAGGGGAAUAUCAAGGUUAAGAGACGAUCUGUCCAGCUGCUGGAUAACAACCAGGGCCAAGAGUCAAAUGACUUUGAUCAAAUCUCUGAUACGGACGAGCCCACGUGCGCCGAUGUUCGAAACCCGAGGAAGCUUUCUCGGUAUUUCCCUGAACUCACUCUUGCUGACGCGAGAUCAUAA